CUCCUCGUCCUGUCACUCUCGCCUGGCGGCGUCGUAACUACUUCUUUUCGACGUCUUCCUCGGCGAGGCCGACUCCGCCUCCCUCGAUAACUCCGUCGCGAUCUCCCUCCCGGUCCUCCUUUCGUUCCACGAGUUCAAGGAACAGCAACCAAAAUUUGCCGCCGGCACCCAAUGAAGACGUCGAGACCGCAAACGAGCCCGGGCUUGAUGACGGUCUUACUGAGGCUGAGCGCUUAACGCGGAACCGGCAAAGGCAGAGAGACGAGGACGAAGCGAAGUACGGGCCGAUUGAGCACUGGGACGUGGGUGCGAUCCCGGUUCUCCCUGCCAAUCUUUUCUGCAGUGUCCAUGACUAUGAUCAUUUCUAUUACCGUGGCGGUGGCGGCGAACAGUGGACGCAGCAGUACCUGCCGUCACUUCGCAUCAGCCACUGGCGCACGACGGGCGUCAAGUCUCUAGCAGGCCUUUUUGAAUGGUGCGUCGACUUUAACCAGCCGCUGUACUGGGACACUAGCACUGUGGAAGACAUAAGCUACAUGUUUUCAGGUUGUUUUAACUUCAACGACCCGUCCGUGGGAUCGUGGAACACCGCACGCGUGGUCAAUAUGGAUGGCGUAUUCCGACAGGCGAGAGCGUUCAACCAACCGCUCCAGUGGGACGUUCGGCGCGUCAAGACCAUGGAAGGCAUGUUUGCAGAGACCCUUGCGUUCGACGACCCAUCGAUCAGUGCGUGGCAAACGGAUAGCCUGACAAACACAAGCAGCAUGUUCCUUAUGCAUUGCAAAAUUGUAGUCUGUGUCUGGACGACCGCAGAACUUUGUGAUGCAGCUUCUUCCUACUCCUUGACCUUGAUUGUUGUCUGGAGUGCAGGAUGUAGUGCCGCAGGUCGUGUUUGGGAUUUGCAAUACCUGUUCUGCAGCAGAAACAAAUUGAUCAAGAAAAGGCAGUUUGGCAAGACAGAUUUUUGUGCGCUCCAGCACAGGGCGCUUUGCAACUUCGGCUGACCCAGAGGCAGAAACAUUUGCAAUGGAUGUUCCUGAGUGCGGCAAAUUUCACCCAGCCGCUUCCGUGGAAUAUGCGGCUUGUUACAACCAUGAAGUCAAUGUUUAGAAACGCCGUCGCAUACAACGAUCCGUCAGUCAGCGAAUGGGUCACAGACAGCCUGACCGAUACGCGUCACCUGUUUGAGAAUGCAGUGAGUUUCAAUCAGCCACUCAGGUGGAACGUUCGAGGUGUCACGCGUAUGACAGCCAUGUUUCAACACGCCGCCGCCUUCAAUCAGCCAUCGGUAAGCGAAUGGCAGACCGAUAGCCUUCUCGAAACGAGUCACAUGUUUGAGGGCGCGGAGGACUUCAACCAGCCACUCCCUUGGCAGAUGGGUAAGGUGACGAACAUGUCAUCGAUGUUUGCCGGCGCGACGAUUUUUAAUCAGGCUCUUCCUUGGGACGUCCGCAGCGUCGCGAAUAUGAAAAGCAUGUUUCGUGGCUGCGAGACGUUUAACCACGCCUCCCUCAGCGAUUGGCAGACAACGAGCCUGAAAAGUACGAGAGACAUGUUCCUCGAUGCCGUAGCAUUCGACCAGCCACUGCGGUGGGACGUUAGCAAAGUCGAAGACAUGAUACGCGAUAGAAAGUUUUGAGCUACUUCAACUUUCCAUGCACGGAACGUCCAGACGAGGCGAAUAGGUAUAUUAGUAGAAGCUCCAGGCGCACCUAUGCUAGGGACUAAAAGGAAAAGCCAUCUUUUGAUGAGAAGGAGCAAAAGAAUUGGCAUGCGUGGCGUAUCCACUUUCGCUUUCGCACCACGAUGCGGAAAGCAACGCACAACAAGAUUGCUUGAGACGAGGCACUGUGCGUUCAUGGUAUUUGGCGCAGGCACAGCUCAAAACUUUGCAAGCAUACUUCGCCGCAAUGUUUUCGGGAUGCACUGCUUUCAACCAGCCACUGGUUUGGGACACUAGUGAGGUCCAAAACAUGACAGAAAUGUUUCGCAACUGCGAAAACUUCGACCAGCCAAGUAUCAGGGAUUGGAAUGUCACCAAGGUCUACGACAUGCGUAGUAUGUUCGCGGGUGCUUCCAGCUUUAGCCAGACACUGCAUUGGGAUUCUAUUAUGCUUGAGCGCUCCCUCUCGCGCAUUCGACGAGACCUGCUCUCUGAUCGAAGAUGGGAAGCGGAGUCACUGGAACGACAAACCCGAACCAGAGCGCCGCAGACAUGGAUGCCGUGGCAAUCCAGCGCUCCGUCCUUCAUUUCGGUGGUUGCCGCGCAGUCUUCGAGCUCAUCUUCAGCCUCACCCCCACCCUCCAGGGAUUCGGCUUCUAGCGCGGGCAGUGUGGCUUCGCAGGCGAGUGCGGCUUUUCUUCCACAGGCGAGUGCGGCUUUUCUUGGGUGGGACUCUGGGGGGGAGAGUGACGGAGCGUCGUCGGCUUCAUCUCAGCGCAGGCCGGUCCGGACUACACCGCGCGGACAAGCUCAUGAGGCUCCUGUGGACUUCGCUCUCGAACAUGAAGUCCUGUCCCUUUUCGUUCAUCGUACUCGGCUCUUGACCGAUACCCGUGGGCUCUUCGUGUCUCCGCAAAAUAAGCCUUGGAUCUUUCAUUCAGCCAAGGAUCUUGACCGUGCACUCAAUAGCUUCCAGAACGACGCCGACCUCGCUACGGAGGAGAAGGAGGUGUGGGCGGCCCGGCGAAGGCGGGCUGAGAUCAGCUAUGGUCCUGUAGGUGAGUGGGACCUUGGACACUUGAAGUCACUUCCACAAGAUCUGUUUCGCUGCGAAAGGACUGGCGCGAAGCAUCCAGGGGAGAGAAAGCCGUGGGCAAAGCAAUGGCACAAUUCCUUUUCGGUUUCUAACUGGAAGAUCAAAGGCAAGCUGACAAGCCUCGCUGGCCUAUUCCAAGGCUGCUACGAUUUUAACCAGCCGCUGCACUGGGACGUCAGCGGGAUCGAGAACAUGAGAGAGCUGUUCCGCGACUGCUGGGAUUUUAACAGUCCGUCCAUCAGCGAUUGGAAAACCGGUAAUGUCAUUGACAUGGCAUUCAUGUUUUCUGAAGCAGGGCAGUUCAACCAACCGGUCCGAUGGGACGUCAGCAAGCUGAAGCACAUGCAGCUCAUGUUUCGAAAUGCCAAGCGGUUCAAUGAUUCGUCGAUCAGUGAGUGGGUAGUGUCCGACGUUGUCUCCAUGUACGGCAUGUUCGAGGGGGCGUCCGCUUUCAAUCAGCCUCUGCUGAAUUGGGACGUGAGUAAAGUGGUGUCCUUGGCUGCCGUAUUUGCUAACUGCUCCGCGUUCAACCAGCCGUCGAUUGGGAAAUGGGUGACCAGCAAUGUGAUCGAUAUGAGGUGGACCUUCUAUAACGCGACAAGUUUCAAUCAGCCACUUUACUGGGACACCCAGAAAGUGACCACGAUGGACUCCAUGUUCAAGCUGGCGUCGAGUUUCAAUCAGCCCAGUGUUCGGUAUUGGAACACCGCAAACGUUCAGAACAUGGAGCUGGUGUUUUGCAACGCCUUCAAGUUCAAUCAGCCACUGUAUUGGAACGUAGAGAAAGUCGUUACCAUGUAUGGCAUGUUUGCUGGUUGCGUAGCGUUUAACAGUGACAUCAGCAGUUGGAAGACAUCGAGCCUGGAAAACACAAACUAUAUGUUUGAACGUGCUGAAGCUUUCAAUCAGGCGCUGCCGUGGGAUUUUUCGAAGGUUACUACAAUGGAUUAUGGCGUUAGAAAGAUAUUAAGCUUACUCACCUAGAAAUCUUCUGUUUCGCACCUGAAGGCCUGCCCGAAUGUUUAUAUUUCUAAGAAACUCAACACACGAGCCAAGGUUUUUCUUGAUUUCAUUACGCCAUGCCCAUGCCUGCUAGUCUGGGCGAUGGCGUUUCCUGAGGUUCUUGCUGAAUUUCAAAAUUCGAUACCGGAUUUUGAAUAGUAGCAUAGAUCUUUGCUACGAACACGAAGAUAGUUGUAGCAGGGUGUGGUUAUUUAUGCGUGCUCGUUGCAGCAGGCUUUCAGUGCAGAAAAGAACAUGAACAGGAGAGUAGGUCUACAAGUUUUGCUCUUCAUAAAAGCUACAUGUUCGACGGUAGCUAUGCGUUCAACGACCCUUCGGUGCGAGAGUGGCAGACGGGAAAUGUCAAGAGCAUGCAGGGGACGUUCGCGAGCGCGUACAGCUUCAAUCAGCCGCUGCCAUGGGACGUCAGCAAGGUCGAGCGCAUGGGCAUCAUGUUUGCGCGGGCCUUCAGCUUCAACGCGGCCCUGGAGAACUGGGACGUGGGGAAGGUUACAGACUUCACCCUGAUGUUUCGACGGGCCCACAGGUUUAAUGACCCCUCGAUCAAGUCUUGGAGGUUUUCUCAGUCACCCGAGCAGCGGCACGCCAUUUACGCCGGAGAAAUGUUCGGGCAGGCACUUAGCUUCGACCAAGACCUGUCGAGCUGGGACGCACAGAAGGACCGAUUCAUCUUUGCCCAAGACCGGUAUCGCUCUUCAGUGAGAAAACUCUACGCACAGGAAAUCUCGGCGGAUCCCUUCGAGGGGACGCGGCUGCGCGCACGACUGCGGGAAGCGGAGAACUACGGACCAAAAGUUGAAGCGCUGGGACUGGAGGCGGUCUGCGGCACCGCCUGGCCGAGCAGCGCGGAUUGCUGGGCCUGGGCUUUCGCUCCAACUGUGCCAUUGGGGCAAACUCAAAGUCUUCCUGGCGCCCCUUCGUUCUUGCGGGAUCGAUUUCGCACCAGGGAAGAACUGGUUGUCACACUAGAAUUGUGGAAAAAGAACCCUGUGGCGGCACUAGGAGAUCGGUUUCGCCAGCAGUGUCAAGUGAGCGGUACUAGUUGCGAAGGCCAACGACCUGCGUCCGCGCCCGGAGAUGAAGACGAGCUGCAGCAACACGAGGCACGGCAAAAAGCGAUCGAAAGGUACGGCCCGGUGGACAGUUGGGACGUCCGGUUUUUACCUGCCCUCCCCGCCGACCUGUUCCAGUGCAAGGCACAUGUGGACCAGACAAACGACCCGGAGCCGUGGAGCUCGCUUUGGCAUCCGUCCUUGAAGAUCUCGAAUUGGCAGACGCAGGGCGUGCUGAUCAUGGACGGCGUGUUCAUCGGUUGCUCCGACUUCAACCAGGAGCUGAACUGGGACGUUGGUUAUGUGGAGUCCAUGCGGGGCAUGUUUGCGGGGUGUUCGAGGUUUAAUAACCCUUCCGUGAGCAACUGGAACACAAGAAACGUGUUCGACAUGCGCUCCAUGUUUGCACUGGCAGCAGACUUCAAUCAGCCACUGAAUUGGGAUGUCAGCCGCGUGACGACCAUGAGUGCCAUGUUUCACGAAGCGACUUCCUUCAACGACCCGUCGAUCAGCCGCUGGGUGACGACGCAGGUCAGGAACAUGACGUCAAUGUUCGAGGGCGCAACCAGCUUCAACCAGGCGCCACCGUACGACGUGAGAAACGUCACUUCGAUAAAGCGCAUGCUAUGAAGAGAGUGCACAACCGUUCCGCUUCCCCCUUCUUUGUAAUGCAAAAUACCAUAUCCAUAUGCUUAUCCACCCUCGUCUGCUCCUGGUCUUGCUUUGUUUUGCUUGGCACUGCUUGCAUGACAGGUUCCGGAACAAGUCGAGACAACACUGCUCUAGUGCCCCCCGACACUUGCACUGCAGCUAGACUAGUACUUUCAGACGAUGGUAAAUUUGCCUACGAUUCUAAUCUACAAUCUCUGAGCGAAUUUGCCAUGGCCAUGCAAGGCCUACAUCUCUGCCAGCGCUUCUGUUGCUGUCAAUUCCAUUUAACAAAAAUCCCGUUUCAAAAGAGGGGGAGAGGGACUUUUGCAGUCUGAUACAUAUUUCGCGAUUGCGGGAACUUCAAUCCUCUGCCGGGCUUCUGGCUAUGGGACACGCGAAGCGUCACCGACAUGGAUGGCGUGUUCGAGAAUGCCGUCUCGUUUAACCAGACCCUGUAUUGGAGAACAGAGAAUGUGUAGCCGAAGAAAGACAAAAGGUCAUCAGGGGGCACAGAGUCUGCAAUUUUUUCUGCAUCUGAAAAGAAAAAGUUAUACGGUAUCUUCAUAAAGAUUUGAUAAAUGCAUUUGCAUUCAGAUUCAGGUCGUGGACAAAAGGGUUUUACGUUUCUUAUUAUCUCGUACAAAACUGGAGCGGCAUUCUAUAGCUCCAGUAAGUGGAGCCAUCUCUACUUUUUUUGUGAUUUCAUCAGAGUGCAUUUUUCGAUCCGUGCAGAAACCGAGAUUGCAAAACUGCUGGUGAUGUGACUCUGAUGAGACUUUCUCUGUGCAUACUGUCACCACCAUGAAGGACAUGUUUUCCAACGCUGUGGCUUUCAACAAGCCACUUUUUACCCUUGAUGCAGAGCAGAGCCAGCUGCUUCUCUUGUUGCAGAGCGACUACCACAAGCCGCUGUCGGAGUUCUCCGCAGACGAGGUGCAAGCACUUCUCAGCUCGGCGCGCCUCCGAGCUGCCUUCGACACCAGCAUGGUGACGGACAUGAGCGGCAUGUUCCGCAACUGCCGGCUCUUCGACCAAGACUCGGUAAGCAUGUGGAACACAGGGUCGGUGCGAAACAUGCAGCAGAUGUUCAUGGGCGCUGCGGAAUUCGCGCAAAACCUGUCUUUCACGAAUGUGUCCAAUGUGGAAAGCAUGAAGGAAAUGUUUCUGGGAGCCGAGCGCUUCAACUCCCCUGCGCUGCGUACGUGGAACGUCAGCAGAAAACUGAAAAAUGUCGAUGACAUGUUCUACAACGCUUUUUUGUUUGACCAAAAUUUGGUUUCCUGGAGCGCUGUGGUGGCGGAGAUUCCAGGCUUGACCUCAGCAAUAACAGAAAGCAAUAUUACAAACUCGUACCGUCCUGCCGGUUCUGGCCGUUCGACCCAACCCUUUGGCAACACACGCGUGUGGGCGCGCUUUACUAAACUCGAACGCGAGGAGCAGCCGCGAAGCCGGACCCUUAAUCUGGUGCUACUAACGAUUCCGCCGGGCGGCGAUAGAACCGGACGACAUUCCUGCACUAGCAGUCCUUGGCCGGUGGAUGAGCAGUGUUGGCAGAGAGCGUUUGCACUGGUGAGCUAGGGUGAGGCAAGGACUUUUCCAUUUGCUUUACUGCUCAAUAAAUAAUGAACACCUGCUGAAAGAUAGACAAAUGCUGGAUGACGCACCAUCACUAGGAAGGCGAAAUGUCUAGCGCGCACCUGUUAAGUUUUUUUUUGGGUCUUUGCCCGUGACCGUACGCAUUCGCGAGUAUGAUGCAGAACCUAAGCCAAGUAGGAUCUGGAUCAUUAUCACCAUGUACAAUUUCAUCAGCUUUUCUCAAUUUCCUUAAACUGUCAAUAGACAGUUCAUCAAUUUUCUCCGUUUAAUUUCAAGCUUGAGCCGCAUACGUACCAAUCCUAAAUGGAUUAGCAAUUAUGUCUAAGAAUCAGCAAAAACCUCAAUCUGUGACGCGUCAGCACUUUUGUGACAUUUAGAAGUUUUAGCCGUAGCCUGAGCCUGGUACUGUAGAAUUUAUCGCCUUUUCUCAUUUGCGUUAGUUUUGUAGCAGUGUUUCAGUUUCUUUGUUUCUCUGUAUGAUUAUGAAUCAGGAGUUGGUAGUACCGCCGUCAAUGAGUCAUGCUCAUGUGCGGCAAUGAUUGACAACGACAUUUUUUGACGGUUCAAGAACGUCGUAGGCUCAGGAGCUUUGUUAUGACCGAUUUGCUUGUGGGCAUACUUUUUGAUGGUGCUGGGCGCAUGCCCAGAAACAGAAUACGAUUCGAGGGCCCAAGUCAGUGUAGGAACAUGAAGAUCUCAAGUGAGUCCAGGGUGAAGAGAUCAAGAUCUGUACGAUUAAGAGAAGUGGCCAGCAACCUUGAAAGAGGUGGCCCUGCGCUUGCGCUUCCGUUACUUUUGAUUCGAUUGCCUGCUGCUUGCAUAUCCAUCAUGAUAUUGAAGACGGAGGGUUUCAGAGACGAGAUUGAUUGAUGAUGAGGCAAAUUG